AUGACCCUCUUCUCUGUAUUGAAGACAGUUAGCCUCAGAAGCUCCCGUUAUUACCAUUCUGCCACUCUGGUCUUUUCAGCUCAAAAUCUCCUUGAUUCACUCCAUCUCUCACUAACCCACAAAUCUCUUAAACUUACCCAACAAUGCCAUGCUCGAAUUUUCUCUCUUGGUUCCACUCAAAACCCCUUUUUGGCCACAAAACUCAUCUCUGCAUAUGCUAUAUUUGGUGUCCCAACUCAGUCCCAUCUCGUUUUUGACUCGCUCCAAAUCAAGAGUGUUUAUCUAUGGAACUCAUUGAUUAAUGGGUGUGUGAAAAAUCAUGCUUAUAGUGAAGCUUUUGGUCGGUUUUAUCAAAUGUGUUGCCGUGGUGUUUUGCUUGAUGAUUAUACCCUUGCAACGAUGUCAAAAGUUUGCAGUGAGAUUGGUGACUUGAAUGCAGGGAAAUUGAUUCAUGGGAAAAGUUUAAAAAUUGGGUGUGUUUUGGAUGUUAUAGUUGCCAAUUCUCUUAUGUCAAUGUAUAGCAAAUGUGGGGAAUUUGGAGAAUGUUUAAAACUGUUUGAUGAAAUGCCUGAUAGAAAUGUGGGUUCUUGGAAUGCUGUUAUAUCAGGAUAUGCGGAUUCCGGGGAUCAUAAUUUUGAUACGGAGAUGUCAGGUUUUGUUAAAGAUAUGCAAAUUGAGGGGUUAAAACCUGAUGUAUUUACAGUUUCAUGUCUUUUGACUUUGUGUAAUGGGGAUAUGGGCAAAAGGGAUCAUGGCAGGGAGCUUCAUGGGUUUACAGUGAGAAAUGAAUUGGGUUUGGGUUUGGAAUUUCAUUUGGGAUGUUGCUUGAUGGGUAUGUAUUCGAGGAGUAAUAAAGUUGAUGUGGGUAGAAGGGUGUUUGACAGAAUGAAGAGUAGAAAUGUUUAUGCUUGGACAGCAAUGAUAAAUGGCUAUGUGCAGAAUGGAGCUCUAGAAGAAGGACUGGUUCUUUUUCAUCAAAUGCAGGAGAGAGAUGGAGUAGAACCUAAUAAAGUGUCGCUUGUAAGCAUUCUUCCUGUUUGCAGCGCAGUUGCUGGUUUAAUUGGUGUGAAACAAAUUCAUGGAUACGCCAUUAGGAAGGAAUUUAAUAAGGAUGUUUCUUUAUGUAAUGCUUUGAUCGACAUGUAUGCCAAGUGUGGGAGCUUGGAUCGUGCAAAGCAAGUCUUUGAGUAUGGUUCUUUUCGUAGGGAUCUAAUAUCUUGGAGUUCAAUGAUUUCUGGCUAUGGAUUGCAUGGGAAGGGAGAGGAAGCUGUCUUUGUAUACAACAAGAUGCUUCAGCUUGGGAAUAAACCAGACAUGAUGACUAUCAUAGGGGUUCUUUCUGCUUGUGGCCGGGCAGGAUUGGUAGAUGAAGGCCUGUGCAUCUAUAAAUCUGCAAUAAAUGAAUAUAGAAUCGAGCCAACGGUUGAGAUUUGUGCUUGUGUCGUGGAUAUGUUAGGCCGAUCAGGUCAGCUUGGCCAGGCUUUAGAUUUUAUUAAAACUAUGCCAAUGGAACCUAGUCCAAGUGUUUGGGGGGCUCUUGUUAGUGCUUCAAUAAUCCAUGGAAAUUCUGAGAUGCAGGAUCUGGCUUAUAGGUUCCUUAUUCAGUUAGAACCUGAAAACCCAUCAAAUUAUGUCUUGCUUUCAAAUUUACAUGCGUCUUCCAGGAGAUGGGAUGUUGUAUCUGAGGUGAGAACAAUGAUGAAAGAAAGGAGCUUAACAAAAACUCCUGGGUGCAGUUGGAUAAGCAUUAAUAACGCUACUCAUUUCUUCUAUGCUGCUGAUAAACUGCAUCCUUGUUCCAAGCGUAUAUAUGAACUGCUGGAUGGCCUCAUAUUGUUGAUGAAAGGAGCUGCUGUUUCUCAUGAUUUUGAAGAUUUGACAUGGGUGUCCUGA